CUAAGAAAUUUGAGUCACCAACAUUUCCUUCAACAAGGACCCCGGAAGACUGUAAAAGGAGUUCAGUGUUCGGAAUUCGCCGGACGCUAGCCUCUUGAAUUCUAUCGACGACUUCUAGAGCUGACAACCUACAUUCCUUUUGCACAACGAUGAGCUCUCACGACAACGAAGAACUUAUUGAUUAUGAGGAUGAGCACGACGUUAUCCCUAAUGGCGCAGUUCCAGCUACUUCUACCAAUGGAGCAGCUUCAGCAGCGGACGGCGAGGGCGACAAAGACAAGAAAAACUUCUCUGGAAUACAUUCAACAGGUUUUAGGGACUUUUUGUUGAAACCCGAACUUCUCAGAGCUAUUAGUGAUUUGGGUUUUGAACACCCUUCAGAAGUUCAACAAGAAUGUAUACCUCAGGCUGUUCUGGGAAUGGAUGUCCUCUGCCAAGCAAAAUCAGGGCAUGGCAAGACAGCGGUCUUCGUACUCGCGACUCUACAACAACUGGAGCCAGUUAACGGCGAAGUUUCCGUCAUUGUGCUUUGCCAUACUCGCGAGCUCGCGUUCCAGAUAAAGAACGAGUACACGCGCUUUGCCAAAUACAUGCCCGAUGUGCGGAUCGGCACGUUCUAUGGCGGCACCCCUGUUCAAAAAGAUGCAGAGAUUCUCCGUGACAAGACGCGGUGUCCCCACAUUGUUGUGGCCACUCCCGGGCGACUCAAUGCCCUCACAAGAGAAAAAGUUUUGGAUGCGAAGAACGUCAAGCACUUCACUUUGGACGAGUGCGAUAAAAUGCUCGAACAGCUCGACAUGCGUCGAGACGUCCAAGAAAUCUUCCGUGCAACACCUCACCACAAACAGGUGAUGAUGUUCAGCGCUACGCUAGCAAAAGAAAUUCGGAUUACGUGCAAGAAAUUCAUGGCAAACCCCUUAGAGAUCUUCGUUGAUGACGAGACGAAGUUGACGCUGCACGGAUUACAGCAACACUACGUGAAGCUUGAUGAGAAUGCGAAGAAUCGGAAGUUAAAUGAGCUUCUAGAUGUCCUAGAGUUUAACCAAGUGGUCAUCUUUGUCAAAUCUGUCGCAAGAGCUGUCGAGCUGGACAAACUCCUAGUUUCAUGUAAUUUCCCCAGUAUCAGCAUUCAUUCUGGCUUGGCUCAAGAGGAGCGCAUAAAUCGUUACACUGCCUUCAAGGCCUUCGAAAAGCGUAUCCUCGUCGCAACCGACAUCUUUGGUCGUGGCAUAGAUGUCGAACGUGUUAAUAUUGUAAUCAACUACGACUGCCCACCAGACGCCGACAGUUAUCUCCACCGUGUCGGCCGUGCAGGUCGUUUCGGAACGAAGGGUCUAGCUAUCACGUUCCAAUCCAGUGAGGCAGACCAGCAAGUCAUGUCUGCCAUCCAGCUACGGUUUGAGGUCGCAGUGCCCGAGCUUCCUGAUCACAUCGACCCUGCUAGUUAUAUGACGUCGUGAUUUUAUUUGCGCUUAUUCCUUAUUGAUACUUUCGUUUUCUCAUAGCCUCUUCCAAAAACCCUGUGGUUGUCUGGCAUAUGUAUGUAAUGUUAUUAUUAGCGGGUUGUCGAUUGCA